GCAACUUUCCUGCACCACAGUUGAAUAAAGUGAAAAACUGGGUUGUGUGGUUAAGUCUGUGUGUUCUAUGCGUAUAUGGUUUACAGAUUUUAGUGUUGGGUAGCAAUAUAACGUGUGGGAAGGAUGUCUGGGGAAGGGCAAGUGCUGCUACGAACCAGUCUUACACUUAACGAUGGUGGUACAAAAGACGCACGUAAACACAACAUCCCUGUUGUUACACAUGUUAUUACGGACGUUGAUUUGGGAAUCAUACAUGAGGAUAUGUUGAAGUUUACUGACCUCAGUAAAGUGAUUAAACUGAUGGAAGACCCUGCAUCAUUCAAUUUAACUGGAAAACAUCUGAAAUACUUGAAGAGAGUGACAGAGUACUGCCAGUACGGCAUUCCAUUGAUAGAUUUGGUGCAUGUCUUCCAAAUUCUGAAUCUUUGUGCAGAAAAAGUGAAAGACCAGAAUGAAUACUUGCAACCCAUGUGUGGAAUCAUCAAAUUAUGUGGAUUACCAUUUCUAAAACAAAAGUCAUCAGAUGAAGGUCACUAUUCCCAAAUUGUUUCUGAGUCUAUCUCACAGCUGGGUUACUUGAUGAGACUGCCAUUGUCUGAAGUAAGAAUACAGAUCUGUGAAUCAAUCAUCAGUUUUUAUACUCGGCAGCCUUCAAAGAUGCAUAUUGAAGGAUUUCAGCCCACUAGUACGAAAUACAAUGCUAAGAUGGUUGAACAGAGUGGAGUUUCAGAAACGCUGGUUCUUUCUCUUGUAUUUUUGGAAAAUGAACAUCAUGUAAAGCUAAAAGUUCUCCAAGCACUCCAGUGCUUGUCAAGCACAUCAGAUGUUAACUGCAACUUGAUGCUUAAAGCACAGGCAGCCAGCCGAAUUUGUUCUCGUCUAAAUGACCCUGAUCCUACUGGACAGUUACUGUUUCGUUCCUCUGAAAUCUUGUGGAAUUUAUUAGAGCAUGGUUCAAAACAAGAAAUAAUCAAUCAGCUGAGCAACUUGGACUGUAUACAGGCUAUGAAAGAGGUAUUUGUAAAUCAACUUCUUCAUGGUUAUCGUCACUAUGACAGACAACUUAGAAACGACCUCCUAGUAAUUGCUACACUCGUUGCUGCAAAUCCUGGUGCACCUAUGGUUGAAAGUGGAUUUUGCAAGCUUCUGAUUCUAUUUUCAACAUUUUCUGAAGUUAAAAGUCACAAUCCACUGGUUCGUAGUCUAAAAUUAUCCUAUAAUAAUGAAGACUUUGAAAUGAAGAAAUUAUUAUUUAACAUGCUUGUUGUCUCAUCUAAAGAUCUGUCAGCUUUGCAGUUGAUGUGUGAUGGAAGAGUAAUUUUGGCCCUUUUCCAUUACGUAAAACCAAAUGAGAAACCUGGUGUAAGAGAAUGGUCUGCUGCUCACUUUGAGGAAUUACAGCUUCAUGCACUUGCUGCAUUGGCAACCUUAGCACCUCUACUGACAGAUGACUAUAUGACAUGCCAAGGGAAUACGAGACUUCUUCUCUUGCUAGAAUGGUGCAUCAGCCAAGAUCCUUAUUUUGGUCAUGGAAACAGCUUCCAUGGCUCAAGUGGUCGUGGCAGCAAGCAUGCACAGAUGAGGUAUUGCUUAAGGCUUUUGAGAUCUAUGUUGUCCCAAGGUGAAGAAACUGUAAAUCAAGAUUUUUGUGAUCAAGGAGGAAUGGACCAGCUUUUAGGAAUCAUUAACAGCAUGCUGAGAAGUUCUGAAGAAGAGGAUGCUGUCACAGUAGAAAUGCAGACGGAUAUUCUGCUUACCUUAUCUUCACUUUGUGAAAAUGAUCUCCAUAAAAAGGAACUAUUUGGUUCUGUAGGAGUAGAAUUGCUGAUCAGACUAUUGAAGGUGGACUCAGCUAAGUUUCAUAGUGGACUUGGACACAAUCAACUCAUUCUGGCUACAGUAGACUGCAUCUGGUGCUGCAUUAUUGGAUGUUACUCUUCAGAAGAUUAUUUUCUGGAAAAAGAAGGGAUUUUCCUUCUCUUGGAUUUGCUUGCCUCUACUUCACAAAAUAUGCGCAACUUGAUCCUUGGAACACUGCUUGAAUUUUGUGACAAUCCAAAAAGCAUUUCUCAUAUAAGUACAUGGCGUGGAAAGAAAGAUCAGUCAGCUGCUAAGUUCAUGGUACAGUUGUGGAAAGAAGAAGAAAAGGAAAUGCAAGUUAAGCGUGAUAAGGAUGGGAGGAUUGUUGAUGUAGAGAAACCUUUAAUUGGAGAGAUUCAUAAAGGACAAAGGAUAGUCCCGAUGCCUGCCGGUUGUCCCAGUGCUGCUGUCAUGGAUGUUUCAGAAAACUUGAGGCCAAAAAUAUAUUCCAUUUUCUGUAAAUUAGGAUUUGAAGACUUUCCUGGCUUAUCAGCAGAAGAUUAUGUGACUGUGGCAGUGAUAAGCAGAUACCUUGAUUUUAAAGUUGGGGAGAUAUGGAAAGAAAUUGCCAUAGAGCUCAAUGCAGAAGAAAUGAGGCCUGUUACACCAGAUCAGGAAGCCUUAGAAACUAUAUUGAAGACAUCAAAGGAUGUUGGCAGGGAUGUUGCCAGCCUACAAGCUGAGAUACUUGACAGUCAACAGCAGCAGGACUUUCAAGAUGAAAAACAGAUGUAUGCAGAGAUACGUGCCAAUUACAAGCAGAGAGAGCUGGCUGCCAAAUCAUGGGAAAAUUAUGUUGCUAGAACAUCAAACUAUGAAGCAUUACUGGCGGCUGCAAAAUUUCAAGAACAGUCAAUAGAAUCCUCUAAGCCAAAGGGAAGACAACAGGAUGCACUGUUUCACACUGUUAAUAUUGCAGGUCUACAUACAACAAGCUUUUGUGGCCGAACUGUAGCUGUAGAGAGCACACCUGCAUAUCUCACAGGAGGACCCCUAGCGCGAACAAAUCUUGCAGAUGAGAAGAUUUCCAUAAGAGGGGGAGCAUUGCAAAAAAACCAUGCUGCUAAAGGGAUAAACAGAUUCAAAAUAAGCACAGUUGCUGUAAAUUAAAUGCAGAUAGAGAACCAUAUUUGCAUUUGUUAACUUUCCUAUUGUCUUACUAGUGUAACAAAUAAAUGUACACAUAAGUGAAAAAUGUAUUAAUUUUGUAAUAAGAUUGUUUAUAUUUGAUAUGAAUGCACUAUAAAUAGUCUGACUACAUUAUCAUUUGUUAAUUUGUUGAUUCAUGUGAUACAAAGUCAAAAAUGCAUUAGUUCUAGCAAGAUAAUUUAUAAAAUAAUUACUUUUUCCUUGUAAUGCUCUCUGAAUUUUCCAGUAACGUACAGCCAAAGUAAUGACCAACAGGUACCACUCAGGCCCCCCUAAAGUCUGCAAAAAAUGCAAAACAAACCAGUUGCACCUAACCUUCUCACCAAGUGGCUGAGAACUGAUGAAAAUAUUCACUAAUCGUCCAUGACCAGGAUAUGUAUGAACUCAAACCAGCAAAUCAGCAGGAGCUGCAUCACCCUCUGCAGAGUGGAUGCUCCUCUGUCAAGUUAAUCCAAAUGAUUCUGACAUCUCCCUAAUUAAAACUUACUUAUCCAUUCUCUGAAGUAACUAUCAGGAUUCCCUAUUUCCAUUAUCCUGCUUUCCUUUUCCUCAUUCCCAUCUGAUCCUAAUAUAACUUUCAAAUCUUCUUGCUAGAUGGUGUAGGCAUAGCACAGCCCAAACUUCCAAUAUUUGGUCACAAAAACACUAACUUGGGAAAGUUUCAUAUGCUGAGCUGCCUGAUGCCCUUAGUCCUACUGUUGACAAGAAUCAACAUCAACCGAAUGGUUUGGAGGGACAGGUGUAUUUCAUAGAGAGUACUGCUGUUCUGAAACAGACUCCCCAUCCACAUAAAACAAAGUUAAUUUUUGUCCAUAUUCAAGCACAACUUGGAUCUAUGGAUGGGAAACAAAAUUUACCCCAAGACUGCCCCCUAUACUACUUAUGGAUAGAGGUGGCUCCUAAAUGCUUUAUCCCAUGCAUGGGUCCCCUAAAAUUACCUAUGGCAUGAUCCUAGUUAUUCACAUUAGGAGUAGUAUAUAAUUAUCAACCAUGGGAUGGGUAAGGCCUGUCUGUAACUGAAUGGAAAGCUUAAUUCGAGCGCAAAAAGGGAAAUUGGCUAGCCUUCAAAUGGCCCUCUAGGAUAGAUAGCCUAAUCCUUACCUAUGAACUUAUGAAUGGGCCCAGUUAUCCAUAUCUAACAUUACAGUAAGUACUUAACUUUUGUUUGAGUCACUGUAGGUGCCCUCCCUAAAGAAAAUGGCAUAGUUGAUGAAGUUUGAUGGUGAAAGUGCUUAAUCAUUAUUCACUUUUGAAUAAAAUCUUGAAAACCUUU